CCAGUGUCAACAAAGAUAGCGGUCACAGUCGCGAAGUUCCGAGUAGCAAGCAUGGGUUGCCUGAAGGUUUUGGCCAUCACCAUAUCAGUGUUGAUGAUUGGACUGUCUGCGUACCUGUACACACCUGUGCCAGACUCCAUGGCAGAACCCUGGAAACUCCGCUCCAUGCUCGCUGGCUUCAAGAUCGUGAAACUCAUUAGUGGCGUGAGUGAGCUGGUGGGCCUAGGAAGCAGUGUCAACGUGACCCGGAGGUUAAUGAAGAUGGUGGCUAGUCAGGCAGUGGCGUCAAAGUCUGACCCCCUUCUCAAGGUGACCGACACCAGGUUAUCUGGGAUCAGCGUGAGAAUCUACCGACCUAAGAGUGCCCCGACACCAAGCCCAGCGCUGGUGUAUUUCCAUGGCGGUGGCUGGAUCUUUGGAAGCGUUGACCAGUAUGAUGAGUUUACAGCAGAGAUUGCCAAGGCUGCCAACAUCGUUGUGAUGUCUGUUGAAUACCGCCUUGCUCCAGAGCACCCCUUCCCGAUCCCGUUUGAAGACUGUGUGACGGCCACACUACACCUGCUGCAGAAUCCACAACAGUACGGCGUGGACGGCACCAAGAUUGCUGUGGGAGGUGACAGCACUGGUGGCAACAUAGCAGCUUCAGCGGCAAUGAUGCUGAACAGCAAUGAACAGCUCCCCAACGUCGUGUACCAAGUGCUCAUCUACCCUCCUCUUCAGGCCUUCAACCUGCAGCUUCCUUCAUACACCGACACCAGCAACUACCACACCACCACCAACCUUGAGAUGGCGACAUACUGGUCACACUACAUCGGACCCACAUCGCACCCAAACCUUCCUAAAGCCAUGACCCAAAACCAGCAUGUGUCGCCCGAGAUAAAGAAGACCCACUUUUCCGAUCUGGUUGAUGUGAAGAAUUUCCCAGAAAACUAUUACAGUGGGAAAUGGGAGAUGGAUAAGGAAAGUGGAAAUGAAACCCUGUGGAGCGAGAUUGAGUUCCAAGUGGUCAACCCCUAUCUGUCCCCUCUGCUGGGUCACGAGAUCGAGAAGGUCCCCACGGCGUUGGUGGUUACAGCUCAAUAUGAUGUGCUUAGGGAUGAUGGGAUGUUAUACGUUGAACGAAUGAGAAAUGCAGGGAUUAACGUCACACAUCGACAUUACCCCAUCAUUCAUGGAAUGAUCGGAACUAAUGAGUUUGAAAUUUCUAGAAAGGCAAGGAAAGAGAUUUAUCAAGAAAUCAAAGCUUUUUUUCAUCCUGACAACACAGAAUGAUUGUAAAUAUGGUACAGUAGUAUUUGGACAUCAAUAGGACCCUAUUAAUUAAUCAACAGAAUAUCUUGAACAACUGGGAGAAUUCUAUGGAUAUACAGCUUCUGUAUUAUUAAUGUGAGAAGCGUUUUAGUGUAGCACUAACUCUGUUAUCAAGUAAUUUAGCAGCUACACCUAAAUUAGUUCACAUUGAUAAUAAAGAAGUUGUAUAUCCAUAGAACUCUCCCAGUUGUUUAUCAUACAAAUUUCUAAAUGCCACUCAAAGAAGUUAACAGAAUUUCUGCCCUGUCAACUUGGUUCAAUACCACCCAUCUCAUUGUGGGUAAAGGGUGGACCAAUCAUCCAAGGCACACAUGUUAUGGCGGAUCAAUUCCAUCGCUGUGCAGAAUUCCUUCGGGUGUCUUCAAGAACUUAUGAUUGAGGGUUAGAAUAUUGUUUUGCCCCAGGUCUAUUUCUAGGCUUGUCAGCACCAUAGCCAUCCAUGUACAUUGGUUUUACCAAACUUGUAAAUGUCUGCCACAUGCAUCACUUCAAGCUUUCCUUCCAC